AUGGAUUUCUCUAACACUUUUGAUAACACAAAGUGGAUGUUUUUUUACCUCCCCACACUCUUUGAAUUACAAAAUCUUGAUGAUUUCAUGUCAAUCUUGUUUUUCACUUUGGUUGCUUUUCUCAUUCAUGGGCUAAUCAUUUGGGCUUUUUCGGCCGGCGGGCCGGCUUGGAAAAACGGGCGCCAACAAAUGGGCCGGGUUUCCAUUCCCGGGCCAAAAGGGCUACCAUUUUUCGGUAGCUUAUUCAGCUUGAGCCAUGGCUUGGCCCACCGUACUCUUGCCCGAAUGGCUUCAAGCCAUUCGGCAACUGAGCUCAUGGCUUUUAGCUUAGGUUCAACUCCCGUUGUAGUAACUUCUGAACCAUGUGUUGCACGUGAAAUCUUAACUUCACCACAUUUCGCUAGCCGUCCAAUCAAAGAGUCGGCUAGGGAACUAAUGUUUAGUCGAGCCAUAGGAUUCGCCCCCGAUGGAGCCUAUUGGAGAAUGCUUAGAAAAAUUGCAUCGAGUCACCUUUUUGCGCCCAAAAGAAUAUUGGCCCAUGAAGGUGUUCGACAAAUUGAAUGCUCGGCGAUGUUAGGCGCUAUAGGGAAGGAACAAUCCCUUAAGGGUUUUGUGCAUCUUAGGGAACAUCUUCAAAAGGCUUCUUUGAACACAAUAAUGGAGAUUGUAUUCGGGAAAAGGUACAACAUUGAGGAGCAUGAUACCCGAGCGAAGGAGUUGAAUGAGUUAGUGAGAGAAGGGUUCGAGCUUUUGGGAGCUUUCAAUUGGUCGGAUCAUCUUCCAUGGUUGAAGUACUUUUAUGAUCCUUACCAUAUUAAAGAACGAUGCGCGGAUUUGGUGCCUAAGGUCAAGAAACUAGUGAAAGAAAUCAUUAAGGAACACGAGAAUGGCGAUCAUAAAACACGAGAUGAAUGUGACUUUGUCGAUGUUUUGCUCUCUCUCGACGGCCCGGAGAAGCUCGAGGAGGAUGACAUGGUGGCUGUCUUAUGGGAAAUGAUAUUUCGUGGCACGGACACGACAGCCCUUCUAACAGAAUGGAUAAUGGCUGAGCUAGUCCUAAACCCUAAUGUCCAAUCCACACUCCAUUCCGAACUCCAAACCCUAGCCCAAUCCGGCCACGCCGCUGCCGCCAAGUCCCCGUACCUCGACGCCGUCAUCAAAGAAACCCUCCGGCUUCACCCGCCAGGGCCCCUCCUUUCGUGGGCCCGCCUCUCGACGGCGGACGUCCGCCUCGCCAACGGCAUGGCAAUACCUAGCGGCACGACGGCUAUGGUGAACAUGUGGUCCAUAACGCACGAUCCGAGAAUAUGGGACGAGCCGUUGGCCUUCAAGCCGGAGAGGUUCUUGGAGUCGGGGGGCGGCGGGGGGCACAAUGUGGACGUGCGCGGGGGCGAUCUGAGGCUGGCGCCGUUCGGGGCCGGGCGGAGGGCGUGUCCCGGGAGGGGGUUGGGGAUGGCGAGUGUGAGCUUGUGGGUUGGGAGAUUGGUGAGGGAGUUUGAAUGGGUCGAGGGCAGCCAUGGGAGGGUUGAUUUGAGUGAGGAGUUGAAGCUUUCUUGUCAGAUGAAGGUUCCACUCUCAGCUGUGGCUAUCCCUAGGGGAAGUAAAGGAGGUUCCUAUUAGGGUUUCUUGAGGAUGUUUUGGCUAUAUAUACUUGUUUCUUUAUAUAUAUAUAUAUGUAUGUGUGUGUAAUGUGUGUAUCAUAUAAAAGCACGAAGACAAAGAAUAAGG